AUGCUUUCACUCAAAUUUCUAAAUGCUAUAAGUGUUAUUCCUCAUAUUUCUCAUAUACAAUCAUCUACAUUUUUUACUUCUUCUCAACAACAAUCAUCAAAUCGUUACACUUCUUCCGUUUCUCCUUUUGAAAAAAGUGCGAGCACAGGUCCUAAUGACGCUGAUCUAAGUUCUUCAUCUCCUAAUCCUUUACUAUCAAAUUUUGCUACUUUUACUAAAUCUGAUACUACUCAAAAAACUUCUGGUUCUGAUGUAGCAAAACUCUUAUCUGACUUUUUAGUACCAUCCGAAGAACUUUAUCGUAUUCAUAUUCACGCCUCUUACAAUAAUACUAUAGUCUCAUUAACAAAUUCUCGUAAAGAUGUAUUAAUUAAUUCUUCUGGUGGACUUGUCGGUUUUAAAAAAGCUCAGAGAGGUGGUUAUGAAGCUGCUCAUCAAGCUGCUGUUGCUUUAGUCGAAAAAGUUAAAGAAAAGGGAAUUAAAGUUAAGAAUGUCGAGGUUUUGAUAAAGGGUUUCGGUCCUGGAAGGGAUGCUGCUUUUAAAGCCAUCGCUUCACCUGAAAAUCCUUGGAUUGUUAAGAGAAUCACCGAUUCUACACCAUUGCCAUUUGGUGGUUGUAGGCCAAGGAAAGCUAGAAGAUUAUAA